AUGGCUGCUGCUGCUAAUUCUCUCGCCUCUCAGUCAACCCUCCUCUCCCAGCCCUCCCGACUUGCGCCGCGCCGGUCUUCUCCCCCGCUAUCUCGCCUCCCCCUCCACCUCAGCGUCCGCCCCUCUGCCAGCUCCACCCCGUCUCUCAUCCCGAUCUGCGCCUCAGUCGCGGCCCGCUCAAGGACAAGCCACACUCUCCGAUUUGCGGUUCCCGAUUCUGGCGGUGGGGAGAUCGGCGGGGGAGGGGGGGCUGAGGGACACGGCCGCGGAGGAGGAAACGGUGAUUGGAACGAAGGAAGUGGGUCCUCGGAGGACGGGGAGCGGAAGAAGAUGGGAGGAGGGAUGUCCAUGUCUCAGAAGAUCACGCUGGGAUAUGCCGCGCUUGUUGGAGGUGAGUGAAUCACCAUCUCAUACCCCUCUCGCAUCAUCGAGAUAUCCUUCAUGCUUUACCUUCCGGCUUACUCGAUCGUUCCUGUUCCUUUAUUCGCCUCUGUUACACGAGUGUGAUGGGCUUUUUGUUCAGCUUGACUAGUGAAAAUCUCGAAUGUGAAUUUGGCGUACAAGAAAAAUGAGGUACUGUAAUCCGGUCCCUGGAUGCUGGCAAAAAUAUUUUCUGAGGGCGGCAAUCUAUUCCCAAUUGAACGCAGACCUGGCAUUUAAAUUGUUGGCCUCGACGGCCCCUCUUUAAGCUAAGAGCACCGGGAUCUUUCAUUUUUGUAAAGGAGCGUAAUGUCAUCCCUAUGUUUCUUAACCUCAAGGAGGGUGCUGGAAUUAAUGGAGUUCAGACGAAGGAUAUCUCUGAAUCCGCAGAGAAAUUAUGCUUUAACUCAGCACUCACACCAAAAAGAUCCUCCCUGUUUAUCUUUUGAAUCUGUGGUUCAUCAUAUAGAAAGUCACAGCACCAGAACUGAUCCACCCUUGAAAAUAUGAAAUUGAGAAAUGCUUGAGUUGGGCACUUGUGGCCACACCGAAAGACAGUAAAUUCAAUUAAAUGUGGUGAUGACCUUGACAGAAUAACUAGGUUUAUAUCACUCUAGAUUGGGACAAAAUUUACGUGGUAUAUAGAGUAGAUACUUGGCUACUUCGAUUUUCGCUAGGAUUUUAUUCCUGGCAUGAAUACUUGCUUGGGUAUUAAGUAUGUAGUCUCUCAACGUGUCUGCCUUAACAACUAUGCACUCGACCCUGUCAUUCUUGGCACAUUAUGGGAUCCUGCUCCCUCAUUAGUCAAGCUGUUGUCCAUUAAACCUCAUCAGAAGCUUUGAAGGAUGAAAAUGAUGUGUUUGCUUUUGAUGAAAUUAAAUACGUACUGAUGAAAACCCAUCCUAACAUUCAACUGGUUACAUGGAAUGCUUGGCUAACAGAAAUCCAAUCCCGAAGACAUUCCACACUCGAAUCAGGAUUUGUUGCUUCCAAAUUCUGACCAUAUCAGAGCGAAAAUUUCUCUUUCAAGGCUGGAUUAUUUAGCCCCCAUUAUGUGGAAUUGUCAUUGCCUUUAUUUCAAGAAGAAGAAGAAGAAGAAGAAGAAGAAGAAAAAAGAAUCAUCUGUGAUUUUCCACUUGUACACAGCUGUUUUGGGAGGCAUUUUCCUGCAUAUAACUAGAUUAUAGUUCAUAUAUGCCCAUGUAUCACUUUCCAUCGUAAGUGUUGUUUUACAUUGUUUUCCUAUUUUUCAUGCACACCGUUACAAGUGAAAGUUCAUGAAUUUCAUAGACUGAGGCAUAAGGGGGGCUUCUAUGGUUGAAUAUAUUUCAAUUUUAGUUGACUUCUUUCUUGAGUUUUGUAAUUCAUCUUUGCAGUCUGUGAGACGAACCUAUUCAACCUGCAUAUUUCAAAAUUGCUUUUCUGUCUCGUCUUUCAAGGUUAGGCUUGAGAUUCUUCAAGCCGCCAAUUUGUGUUUUUGCCCAACAAGAGAUGUUGGUCUGCAACUGUGUUCUCCCAUUGAAAAACACAAAUGAUGUGCUAUUGCUUUUUUUACGAAGUGUACUUUUCCUCUCCCCUGAAUGAUUAAGAAAAUAUUGAAUUCACUACCGUCCUGGAAUGGAUGGAAUGGGAACAUACAUUUAUGGAGAGCCUUCCUCCCUGCGUGCACCGUCUAGUGUAGCAUUAACUAAUGAUUCCUAAGUUUGUCUGGCGAAAUACUUCAACUUAUAUCAUGUGAGAAACGUCUGCAUGAUGUGCAUAUUUAACCAACACUUAAAGUCAGUCGAUCAAAGCUUUGCCUACUCAUGUGUAGGCAUGGAAUAUUAAGCAGGCAAAAUUUCAGGUGCAUGUGCCCUUCUUACGCGGUUGUCUUGCGGAUCAAUGUUUUGCGGAUCACUAUCUGCAUCGUCUGUGGCCUUUAGUAACCCAGUUACACAUUGAGAUCAUUAACUCUCGGGAAGUGUCUUCAAUAUUCAUCUUUUUUUUUUUCUUUGUCUGCGCGUUGGGGUAGUGCAUCAGGAGCAUUCACUUUUGUCAUCCAUUUAGCUUAUUCAUUUGUGAGUUGAAUUGAAUCAGAAUGAAAACAAUUAAAAGCCGCCUGUCUUGUACAAAAUUUGUGUGUGGGUUAGCUCAUGAGCUCAUAUGAAGUACGCACUUAUUUUGCUUUCAGUUGGUGGACUGAUGGGAUACCUGAAGAGUGGGAGCCAGAAGUCUCUAGGUGCUGGUGGUGCUUCGGCCUUGUUAUUAUAUUUUGUUUACACUCAGCUCCCUGUGAGGCCAGCCUUCGCUUCAUCCCUGGGCCUAGGUGAGGACACUGACGCUGGAAUUUUAGACACAGUACAGUCUUUAAGGUUCUCACUCUAAGCAUUGUUGUCGUAAUGAGGACUCGCCAUUUGUGAGCAGGUCUAUCUGCUGCGCUGCUUGUGGUGAUGGGUUCUCGCUUCAGGAAGUCGGGGAAGAUAUUUCCAGCCGGCGUCGUCUCUCUUUUUUCUCUUGUGAUGGUAUGCGGCUAUGCCCAUGGGAUUAUGCGAGGCCUGCAUGCGUAG